ACGACAUUACUAUAAGUACACAACACGCCAUAUUGCAUUAUAUUUCGAAACAAUCGACAGCAACAAGCUUCCAAACAUUUCUUUGCUUUAUUGUGUACUGUCCGUUACUCAAGCUACACUUUAAAGCAGAAUGGCCGAAUAUGAUACUGAAGUUAGAACAAUUGGAAACAAAUGGGGCCGUCAAUCAAACACCACACAGGCUAUAAAUGCUGCACAAAGACAAGGGAAGUCCAUUGAAACAACUAAAAAAUACGCUGCCUCCCAAAACAAGCAGUCUUCAGCAGCGAAGAAUACAGCCAAACUUGACCGUGAGACUGAGGAACUCCACCACGAACAUGUGGCACUGUCCCUGUCUCGGCUAAUCCAGAAGAGUAGACAGGAUAAGGAAAUGACACAAAAGGAACUGGCAACCAAAAUAAACGAAAAGCCACAAGUCAUUAAUGAGUAUGAAUCUGGGAAAGCCAUACCAAAUCAGCAAGUUAUUUCAAAGUUGGAAAGGUGCUUAGGUGUUAAACUUCGUGGAAAGGACAUGGGCCUGCCUUUUGUACUUGGUAAGAAGUGAUCCAUGGGACGUUCCAGCACUUUACUUCUACCCCUGAGGCACACAGAGCUACAGAGGCAACACUCUUAUUAUAACACAUACAUUUGCUAUAAAACAGUUUCAUUUAAGGUUGGACAUGUACAGAUUUUGUGAACAUUUAUCAAUACAACACAAAUUUGUCAACUGUGAACUAUUUGUAGACAUUAUCCAAUUGUGUUUCUUUGCUAAUCUUUUAAGUGGUGUAUAGAUGACACAAUUUUUUCCCUUUUUUUUAAAUGGUUAUAAAGAAGAUCAUAUAUUGUACAUUAAGUAGUUCUAGAUGUUGUUUUGUUUGCAAAUUUACUAAAGAACUUUUAGUGUUAUGGGUCAACAAAGGGAUUUUUUACAUCAUGCUUUCAUUGCUUCAGCUGGUAAAGGUGCUGAUUAUGAUACAGUUGUGCUGAUGUACAUUGUGAAAAGAAGGACACAUCAAAAGUGUCAAGGAUCAACAUAAAGUUUAGCUAUUGUAAAAACAACGGUAAUGGUUGUCUUAAUAAAGUUCGUUUACUUCUAAGUGUC